UCUUAUGCUAAAAAACUCGUCGAAAAAAUAGAAAUAGAAUUUUUUUUCUCGAACGAAAUUAUUUUCAGAAACAUAAAUGUUACCAAAUGACUCUUAGAUGGCCGUUAUGUACUUACGAUACGCGAUAUGCGACACGUGUCAAAGGUGGGCCCGCCUGUCAUAAACUUUAAAAUUCUCUUCCCGUUGCUUCAUUACUCUCCGAUACUCCACUCUCUCUGCUCUCUCAGUGCCGAGAACGAUGCUGGCUCUGCUCUCUCUCUGUCCUCCACGACUCCGCUCCGCUCUCUCCGUUCCUCCGGGCCUUCCCUCUUCCCGACCAAGACAGCUCUCCACUCUGCUCUAUCUCAUCCGAUGAACCUUGCCUCCUCCGUCGCUUGCCGGAGGGGCAUCGGUGGCUCCGAUUCGCCGUCCAAUGAGCUCAAGUUGAACUUUCGUGAGCUUCGCUCCCAUUACUACGAAGGGGUCUUUCUCUUCACACCCGACCACGCAGCCAUCGCCACCUCUGCCUUCGCCUACGCGGUCGCCUUUGCGGCUCCAAUUCGACCUCUGCAUCGGACAAGCUCAAGCCAAAUUGGGAACAGGAUGCGUUUGACGUGGACGAUGGCUUCGCGAAUGGUCCAAAAAUGCGCAAGGUUUGUAAGAGUUUUGUUGAUCCUUAAUUUGAGUUUUGUUGGAGAGCAUCCUAUUAGACAAGUUAUUGUUCGAAAGAAGAUAUUGAUAUACGAUUUUGUUGUAAUAGGAUACGUGAAGGUCGUUGUUUGAGCACCAUUGAGACCCGACCGACAUGUGGCACCACAUGGUGAUCAUUGAAUGAGUCGGCCCCACGGUGACGUGGUGGGACCUGUCCAUUAUGCACAAAGGAGAAAGAAGGAGGGAAAUCACAAGAAGGAGAUGCAGUAGUUAAUAAAGAAAAAGAGGAGACAAAAAUUUGAAUGAGGGAAAGGUUGGACCUGACCGACAUGUGGCACCACAUGUCGGCCAUUGAAUGAACCGGGCCCACGGUUAGGGGUGUCAAUGGGUCAGCUCGGGUCAGGUUUUCAUAAUACCCGACCCGAAAUAAUGAAUAUGUGUGCUUGACCCGACCCGAAACAAGACCUGAACAUGAUAUAGCCGCACGAUCGGAUGGGGUCGGUUCGGGUCGGGUUCGUGUUUUAGAUUUUUAUUAUAAAUUAAGGUUAAGUUACACCCACAAUUGUUUAGGAGUCCCACAUCUCCAAAAACCUCGAAGAUUAAUUAUGCGGCGUACCUCAAGGGUUUUCUAUAUAAACAGUAAUGUUCCCUGUUAAGUAGCAUGGAUCCAUAUGACAUGCAGACAUGCAUUUUGACUUUUCUGAUAGUUUCACAAAUAGUUUGUGAAUUUACAAACAAGUCUUAGACUCAUCCCAACCAUGGGAUUAAUAGCUGGCCUCUGAAUUGUCAAACACAAGAAUGCAAAACAACAUACACGUUCCUUUCUUUUUCUUCUAUGGGUAACAAGAGUUAAGAAGCCCAAAGAGAUACUGUCAAGCAAUAUAGCAAAAAGGGAAAAAGCCGAACAGAGGGGCAUCUGACUCCUAAACC